UUCGUUCAGUGGUGAGAGCCACUCUCCGGGGUACAGAUGAGAGGCAAACAAUAUCAUCAACCACUGAAGUUGACAGCGCCUUGGGAGAAGGAUGCUGGUUUUGGGAGGAAGCUUAAAACCUACAGGAAUCAUACCAAGAUAAUAGCACAGCCUGGGAUCGUGAUGAAAGUCCUCCGCAGGAAGAGGAUUGUGUUAUUUAUGGCCUAUUUCUUGCUGCUGGUCCUGACUAUGCUCAACUUGGCUAAUUAUAAAUGGACUAAGGAGCCACAGCAGUGUAAUCAUCAGAUGAGGAGCACCACUUAUCAGAGCAGAUCUGACAUUCGCUUCCUGUACAGGCCUUCUCUGGCCAAAAAGAGACAGCUUAUCUACGUUCUGACCACCUGGAGGUCAGGCUCGUCUUUUUUUGGGGAGCUUUUUAACCAAAAUCCUGAAGUGUUCUUCUUGUACGAGCCAAUGUGGCACAUCUGGCAGAAACUGUACCCGGGUGAUGCAGUGUCUUUACAAGGGGCAGCCAGGGACAUGCUUAGCUCCUUAUACCGCUGUGAUUUGUCUGUUUUCCAACUUUACAACAGCCCCGGGGGCAAGAAUUUUACCUCCUUAGGACUAUUUGGGGCCACCCUCAAUAAAGUGGUGUGUUCUUAUCCCCUCUGCUCUGCCUACAGAAAAGAAGUGGUGGGGAUGGUGGAUGAUAAGGUGUGUAAAAAGUGCCCCCCUCAAAGCCUUAGACUGUUGGAGGAGGAGUGCCUCAAAUAUAGCACCAUAGUCAUUAAAGGGGUACGCAUUUUGGACGUUAACGUGUUGGCCCCACUAAUGGAGGAUCCAUCCUUGGAUUUGAAAGUGAUACACCUGGUCAGAGACCCACGGGCAGUGGCCAACUCUAGGAUCAAAUCCAGACAUGGCCUGAUAAGGGAGAACUUACAGGUGGUCCGCAGCAGGGACCCUAAACUUCGCCGGAUCCCAUUUGUGGAUCCUGGUCACAAAGCCAACAAGAAGGAUGGCUCAGACUACCACUCCAUAGGAGCCAUGGAGGUGAUCUGUGACCGCACCUCCAGGACAUUGAGGACUGCCUUAAACCCACCCAGCUGGCUGAAGGGGAAGUACAUGGCUGUGCGGUACGAGGACCUGGUCGAGAACCCAGCUAAGACCUUGCGGAACAUAUACCGUUUCGCCAACCUGACCACCAACCAUGACAUCGAGUCAUUUGCGCUGAACAUGACCAGCGGCUCCAGUUCCUCCUCUAAGCCAUUCAUUGUCUCAUCCAGGAAUGCCACACAAGCUGCUAGUGCAUGGAGAACAGUGCUCAGCAUUCAACAAAUCAAACAAGUGGAGGACUACUGCCACCAUGCCAUGUCUGUGCUGGGGUACGAAAGAGUGAGAACAGCCGGGGAGGCGAAGGACUUGAGCAAAUCACUACUGACACACUCCAAACUGUGAAGACAUCCUCACCACCAAAGACCUUAUGAUUUAAUGUUCAUUUUGCAUCGAGUGCCGUUUCCUCUUCUUGUGGAAUUAAAGCUUUACUUUAAAUCAGUGUUUGAGGAGCUCCACUGGCCACAUUUGGAAUGUAUCUUGUUUCCCUCAGUUGAAUUGCAGUGGUGUUCAAAGGGACCACUUCUUUUAUAUUGGAAUACUCUAUGUAUUUGACAAUGCAAGGCCUACUAACAAUGGCUUGAACAUUAAAGCUGCAACUAUGGAAAAAAAACCCAGCUGUAUAAUUCAUGUAUCUUGUUAUGAUGACACUUCAAAGUGGAUGUUUUGGGGUUAUUUUUGAAUGUUGAAAACCUUACAAAAAAUAUGUUUUUUCAGUCUCCAUACUGUCUGUAAAGGUGAAAAAUAGUGGAUGAAAGAAAAAAAACUAAAAAAACAAACAACAACAAAAAAAAAAUCUCAUUGCUAAUGUCUAUUUGUAAGAUCUGGUUGAAGUCAGAGACAAUCAAUUAAGUGGUUUGUUGAUGUGCCAUACUGUAGGUAGAGGUGUGAUGAAUAGGCCACAUCCGAACAGCAGUAGUGCUAUCUCUAGAUUUAAAAAAAAAAAAGGGAUGUUUUGAUUGUUGUCACCAAAUCCUUGUAGGAUAAUAUCAUGCACUGUGGACAAUGUCAUGGCUCUGGAGCUGGAAAGUCUCUCUCAGUGUCAGUGUAAGCAGUCUGUUCUACCAUUUCAAAUGUUUACAAUUGCUUGCUCUUAUAAAAAACACAUGA